CCGCCGCCGCCCGCCCCAGACUGGCCUUCGGGGGCCCCGCCCCGCCCCCUGCCCGGCGGCCGAGGGCGCCCCUGGUCUCCCCCUGUGGAGGUGCCGCCGCCGCCGCCGCCGCCCCCUGGCUUGACCGCCCGAGCGAAGAACAUGCCAGCCCCUAUCAGACUCCGGGAGCUGAUUCGGACCAUCCGGACAGCACGGACACAGGCAGAAGAACGGGAGAUGAUCCAGAAAGAAUGUGCUGCUAUCCGGUCUUCUUUCCGAGAAGAGGACAACACGUACCGCUGCCGGAAUGUAGCAAAGUUACUUUACAUGCAUAUGCUGGGCUACCCUGCACACUUUGGACAGUUGGAGUGCCUCAAACUGAUUGCCUCUCAGAAAUUUACGGACAAGCGGAUUGGGUACCUUGGAGCCAUGCUUCUGCUGGAUGAGAGGCAGGAUGUCCACUUGCUCAUGACCAACUGCAUCAAGAAUGAUCUUAACCACAGUACGCAGUAUGUGCAGGGCCUUGCACUGUGUACCCUGGGCUGCAUGGGCUCUUCCGAGAUGUGCCGUGACCUUGCCGGGGAGGUGGAGAAGCUCCUGAAAACAUCUAAUUCUUACCUGAGGAAAAAGGCAGCCCUGUGUGCUGUUCACGUCAUCCGGAAGGUGCCUGAGCUCAUGGAGAUGUUCCUCCCUGCCACAAAAAAUUUGCUGAACGAGAAGAAUCAUGGUGUGCUCCACACCUCUGUUGUCCUCCUCACUGAAAUGUGUGAGAGAAGUCCAGACAUGCUUGCCCACUUUAGAAAGAAUGAGAAGCUAGUCCCUCAGCUAGUUCGAAUCCUAAAGAACCUCAUCAUGUCGGGCUACUCCCCUGAGCACGACGUCUCUGGGAUCAGUGAUCCUUUUUUACAGGUGCGAAUCCUCCGGUUGCUGAGAAUUCUGGGGCGGAAUGAUGACGACUCCAGUGAAGCCAUGAAUGACAUUCUUGCCCAGGUGGCUACCAAUACCGAAACCAGUAAAAAUGUGGGCAAUGCCAUUCUGUAUGAAACAGUCUUAACCAUUAUGGAUAUCAAGUCUGAGAGUGGCCUGCGGGUCUUGGCCAUUAACAUCCUUGGCCGGUUUUUACUCAAUAAUGACAAAAAUAUUAGGUAUGUAGCUUUGACUUCCUUGUUGAAGACUGUGCAGACUGACCACAACGCAGUCCAGCGGCACAGAAGCACCAUCGUGGACUGCCUGAAGGACCUGGACGUCUCCAUUAAGCGGCGGGCGAUGGAGCUCAGCUUUGCUCUUGUGAAUGGGAACAACAUCCGGGGAAUGAUGAAGGAGCUCCUGUAUUUCCUGGAUUCCUGUGAGCCAGAGUUCAAAGCAGACUGUGCAUCAGGAAUAUUCCUGGCGGCAGAGAAAUAUGCUCCUUCCAAGCGCUGGCACAUAGACACCAUCAUGAGAGUCUUGACAACGGCAGGGAGUUAUGUUCGUGAUGAUGCUGUCCCUAACCUUAUCCAGCUGAUCACCAAUAGUAUGGAGAUGCAUGCCUACACUGUGCAGAGACUCUACAAAGCCAUCCUGGGUGACUACUCCCAACAACCUCUGGUGCAGGUGGCUUCCUGGUGCAUUGGAGAGUAUGGAGACCUUUUGGUGUCUGGCCAAUGUGAGGAAGAGGAGCCAAUCCAGGUCACGGAGGAUGAAGUCCUUGAUGUUUUGGAAAACGUCCUCAUCUCCAACAUGACGGCGUCUGUCACACGAGGCUACGCCCUCACUGCCAUCAUGAAGCUGUCCACACGGUUUGCUUGCACUGUCAACCGCAUUAAGAAGGUGGUGUCCGUCUACGGCAGCAGCAUUGAUGUGGAGCUCCAGCAGAGGGCGGUGGAGUACAAUGCCUUAUUCAAGAAGUAUGAUCAUAUGAGGUCAGCACUACUGGAAAGAAUGCCAGUGAUGGAAAAACUUACCACCAAUGGCCCCACAGAUGUUACUCAGCCCAAUGGGGAGGCGGAGCCAGCAGUCUUGGAGACGAAGCCGUCCUCCUCAACCCUGCAGCCAACCAGCCAGGCAAAUGAUCUGCUGGACCUUUUGGGAAGCAACGAUGUCACGCCUGUGAUCUCAACAGCCCCUCCGCACAAGCCGGCUUCUGCUGGUGGGGAGUUGCUGGACCUCCUGGGGGAUCUCAACCCGACAGGCACUCCAGCCCCUGCCCCACAGAUCCCGCACCCCACCUUUCUGCUGGAUGGACUAUCCACACAGCCUAUCUUUAAUGACAUCACUGCUGGCAUCCCCACAAUCACAGCCUACAGCAAGAACGGGCUGAAAAUCGACUUUGCCUUUGAGCGCUCCAACACCAACCCCAUCAUCACCGUGAUCACAAUCCAGGCUGCGAACAGCACGGAGCUGGACAUGACAGACUUUGUUUUCCAGGCUGCGGUACCAAAGACAUUCCAGCUGCAGCUUCUAUCACCCAGCAGCAGCAGCAUCCCUGCAUUUAACACGGGGACCCUCACACAGGUCAUCAAAGUCCUGAACCCACAGAAGCAACAGCUCCGCAUGCGGAUCAAGCUGACGUAUAACCACAAGGGGGCUGCGAUGCAGGACCUGGCUGAAGUCAACAACUUCCCUCCCCAGUCCUGGCAAUGAGCUCUGGCCCCACCCUCCUCACACCCCGCCUGUUUGAUCGAAGGGACUCUGGGCAGGGCACUGUGACUCUGGGCCUCCCCCCUUCCCACUGCCCCACGCUGUGGGGAGCUGACGAGAGCCGCUGCUGCAGAGCAGGAGGACUUGCCUUUCUCACCUGGAAGCGUCACUCUUCAGACACCGGCUCUCUUUUCUGUUUUCACUGGGCUGCGGGGCCGUCCCUGCCUCUGAAGCCACGGAGAGGGAGAGGAGGGGCACGUGGCACCAGGGAGCAGCUGUCUUCUCUCCAGUGGGUGGGGUGGGGUGUGUGUGUGAGGUGGGCCUCGGGUUGGUUGGCUCCUUGCUAGCUGGGUUACUGUCUUCAGGCACUUUCAUGUUGGAAACUUAUUCCGAGGAUGCUGAUGAUCCUUUUUCUUUGGGUCCCCUGAUGUUGGGGGCCUUUUCUACGCUUGACUGCACACCCCACUAGGUAGGGUAGUGGCUUGGAUCUCAGAAGGGGGCGAGUGUGGGUCGGCGGGGUCUGCUCUUCUGGACAAAUCCUCCUUGGAGAAGUUGGGGCUGAAGGUGAGCAGGACCCCCCGAGCCUUGGCUGCUGUCCCACUCCCAACGGACCAGGGUGGACAAGAUGGACGAUUCCAGCCAAUGGUUCUUCAGCGCGUCCCACUCCUGGAGUCUGGCCCUUCGUUGCCAGCUGUGGUAGGUGGGUGGGAUGGAAAUGCUUGUUGCUAGGUGAGGUGCUUAGAGAUGGCGAGGGGGCACACCCUUUGCCUGCAGGAAGACUCAUCGCCAGAUUUCGCUGCACAGUCGCUUCCCCCCUUGGCCCUUUUCAUUUCCUGUCUGAGUCCUGGAUUCCAUUUGAAUUCGUUCUCCUCCUGGGACGUUUGUGUUGUAUCUGUAAUAUUGGCACUGAAAUAAAGACCAUGCGGUUGAACAAGA